GGUGCAGCUCUCCUGAGCCUUCCCUACAUGAAGAACUGCUGCAACAUUUUCGAAGCCUACAUCGCCUCCUUCAAGUACGAGCUGAACCUCAUCAUCAUCAUCAUACACAUGAUCGAGCAGAGGCUGCUCAUAUAUCUGGGCGCCGAGGCCUCUCCGCUGAGUCGGUCAAUGUUCGACGCACUGCGCGAGAAUGCCGAGAAGCGCAUGUUCGAGGUCAUAGACCGAAAGAUCGACGAGCUCUUCGAUAACGUCGACAUCAACUGGGCACCACAAGCGCCGUCCAAGGAGCCCCGGGAUUGGGUUGGUGAGUUGUUCCUCUACUUGCAAACGACGUUGGCCGUGUUCGAUCCGUUGCGGCAAGAGUUGCGGGACGAGAUCGCGCUCGAGGCGUUCAAUCGCAUGGCCAUCUGCUUGCGGAGUCUCGACAACGACCUGCGGUACGCGGAGGGCUACAUCCGGCAGUGGAAUGUCUCCUCCCUCCAGAACUCCAUCCAGGAACUGCGCCAGGUGCGAAAGCGAAACAACGCCUUAUUCUCCUCUAUACGCUCAUCCCCCUGA